AUGAAUUGUUUCUUGGGAUGAGAGCUUAUCUCUUUCUUGUGUCUCCCAGUGAGAAAAAUGUGGCUGAAGUUUAUUUUGGCUAUUCUUCUCCUGCAUGUAACAGCUGCAAAGGAACCUGAGCCGCAGUAUGUCCUGAUGGUGCCUGCUGUCCUCCAAACUGACUCUCCAGGUCAGGUUUGCCUGCAGUUCCUUAACCUCAAUGAGACAAUAUCCAUCAGAGUCAUCCUAGAAUAUGGUGCUGUCAACACCACUAUUUUUGAGAAAACCAUGACGGCAAGCAAUGAUCUACAGUGCUUCAACUUCACGACUCCUCCUGUCAAUUCUGCCCCAUUGGCUUUCAUUUCCUUCUCUGCCAAGGGUACCACAGUCAGCCUGGAAGAGCGGCGGUCAGUGAUGAUCUGGAACACAGAAAGCAUUGUCUUCGUGCAGACAGACAAACCCAUCUACAAACCAGGACAGAGUGUGAUGUUUCGUGUUGUUGCCCUGGAUUUCAAUUUUAAACCUGUUCAGGAGAUGUACCCGUUGAUUGCAAUUCAGGAUCCAUGGGGCAACAGGAUCUUUCAGUGGCAAAAUGUGACGUCAGAAAUGAACAUUAUCCAGAUUGAAUUCCCACUAACUGAAGAGCCUAUCCUGGGGAACUACAGAAUUAUAGUAGCAAAGAAGUCGGGAGAUAAAACAAAUCACUCAUUCCUUGUGGAGGAAUAUGUGUUGCCAAAAUUUGAUGUCACAGUCUCUGCACCAGAAAGCCUUACAGUCCUGGAUUCAGAGUUUACAGUGAAAGUCUGUGGAGUGUACACCUAUGGCCAGCCUGUUGAAGGGAAGGUCCAGCUCAGUGUGUGCAGGGAUUUUGAUUCACAUGGGAGAUGCAAGAAGAGCCCAGCUUGUCAAUCAUUUACCAAAGAUCUGAAGACUGGCUGCCUCUCCCAGGUUUUCAGCUCCAACAUCUUUGAGCUAAAUCGCAUUGGUUACGUAAGGAAUCUUGGUGUGAAAGCUAUUGUCACAGAGAAAGGAACAGGUCUGCAACUCACAGCUACUCACUCUAUUUCCAUAACUCGGGUGAUGAGCAGUAUACAGUUUGAGAAUGUGGAUCGCCACUACAGAAGAGGAAUUCCUUACUUUGGACAGAUCAAGCUGGUAGACAAAGACAACUCUCCUAUUUCCAGUGAGGUUAUUCAGCUAUUUGUCAAUAACAAGAACACGGCCAACUUCACCACUGACGAUAAUGGCAUUGCGGAGUUUAGCAUUGACACGUCCAAAAUGUUUGAUCCUGAGAUCAGUCUGAAAGCAACUUAUAAAACAAGUGACCAGUGCCACUCUGAAGGUUGGAUAGAGCCUUCCUACCCCGAUGCGUUUCUUUCCAUCCCACGCUUCUACUCCUGGACUAGCAGUUUUGUGAGGAUUGAGCCUUUGUGGAAAGAUCUGAACUGUGGGCAGAAAAGGAUGAUCACUGUGCACUACAUCUUGAACACAGAGGGAUACAAGGGCAUAAACACCAUAAACUUCUACUAUGUGGGCAUGGCAAAGGGCAAGAUUGUCCUUACAGGGGAAAUUAAAGUUAAUAUCCAAGCUGAUCAAAAUGGCACUUUCACCAUCCCACUUGUGGUCAGUGAGAAAAUGGCUCCAGCCAUUCGGUUGCUGGUGUAUACGUUACACCCUGACAAGGAACUGGUGGCAGACAGUGUCCGAUUUCCAGUUGAGAAGUGUUUCAGAAACAAGGUCCAAUUGCAAUUCUCUGCAAAGCAGAUGCUCUCAGCUUCCAAUGUCAGUUUAGUCAUUGAAGCUGCUGCCAACUCCUUCUGUGCUGUGAGGGCAGUGGAUCAGAGCGUGCUGCUCCUGAAGUCUGAGACAGAGAUGUCUGCAGAAAUGAUAUACAGCCUGCAUCCCCUGCAAGACUUUCAAGGCUAUAUCUUCAAUGGGCUCAAUCUAGAAGAUGGUCCCAAAGACCCCUGUGUCUCAUCUGACAACAUCUUUCACAAAGGCUUAUAUUACACACCUGUAAUGUCUGGAUUAGGACCAGAUGUAUAUCAGUUCCUCAGGGAUAUGGGCAUAAAAUUUUUUACUAACUCAAAGGUUCGGCAACCAGUCGUGUGUACUAGUGAGACUGUAAGACCUCCACCAUAUUUCUUGAAUGCAGGAUUCAUGGCUUCUACACACCAUGUCAAAUCAUCAGCAGAAAUUGCUAGAGAGGAACGUGGGAAGAGACUCAUCCUUGAGACUAUUCGGAAAUUCUUUCCUGAAACUUGGAUUUGGGAUAUAGUCUUGAUUAACUCUACUGGAAAAGCCAGCAUCUCAUAUUCCAUCCCUGGCACCAUCACUGAAUGGAAGGCCAGUGCCUUCUGUGUGGAAGAGUUGGUUGGAUUCGGUAUGUCUGUGCCUACCACCCUGAAAGCCUUCCAGCCUUUCUUUGUGGACUUGACCUUGCCAUACUCUAUCAUCCGAGGAGAAGAUUUCCUGCUUAGAGCAAAUGUCUUCAACUACCUUGACCACUGCAUUAAGAUUAAUGUUUCGCUGUCAGAUUCCCUUGAUUAUCAGGCCAAACUCAUCUCCCCAGAGGAUGAUGGAUGUGUAUGUGCCAAACAAAGAAAGACCUACAUCUGGAAUAUUUUCCCCAAAGAAAUUGGUAAUGUAAUAUUCAGCAUUACUGCAGAGACCAAGGAUGUUGAAGCUUGUGAAGAUGAAGCAUCUAGGAAUGGCAGUAUUGACUACAGGGAUACCCAGAUCAGAACACUGUUGGUUGAGCCUGAAGGAAUCAGAACGGAAAAGACCCAAAACUACCUGGUGUGUACAAAAGAUGAUGUGGUUAUUCAACAUGUUCCUCUAACUUUACCUACAAAUGUGGUGGAAGGAUCAGCCAGAGCUUCCUUUUCUGUUGUUGGCGACAUCAUGGGCACUGCCAUGCAGAAUGUGCACCAGCUCCUCCAGAUGCCAUUUGGCUGUGGGGAGCAGAACAUGGUCUUGUUUGCACCCAACAUCUACGUCCUGGACUACCUGAACAAGAUAGGGCAGCUCAGUGAGGAGGUCAAAUCCAAGGCCGUCGGAUACUUAGUGAGCGGCUACCAGAAGCAGCUGUCAUACAAACAUUCUGAUGGGUCCUACAGUAUCUUUGGCACCAGAGAUAAAGAAGGGAACACUUGGCUCACUGCCUUUGUGUACAAAUCAUUUGCACAAGCUAGUCACUUCAUCUAUGUUGAUGACAAUAUCCAGGCUCAAACCCUAAUGUGGUUGGCAAGCAAGCAGAAGCCAGAUGGCUGUUUCCGAAGUGUUGGGACACUCUUCAACAAUGCCUUGAAGGGAGGAGUAAAUGAUGAGCUGUCGCUUUCUGCCUACAUCACCAUUGCUAUGCUAGAAGCUGGUCACUCCAGCUCGUACCCUGUAGUCCGAAAUGCCUUUUUUUGUCUGGAUGCUGCAUCUGAGAAGAAUAUCAGUGAAGUUUACCUUCAGGCACUCAUGGCCUAUGCUUUCUGCUUAGCUGGAAGGGCAGAAAAAUGUGAAUCAUUCCUCAGAGAGUUACAGAAAUCAGCAAAGAAAGUUGAUGGCUCACAGCACUGGGAGCAGGAGAAGAGGUCUCCAUCAGAAAAAUCUCCCUCCUUCCUUGACCAUGCCCCAUCAGCUGAAGUUGAGAUCACCAGCUAUGUGCUGUUGGCAUUGCUCUGCAAACCCAGCCGGAAUCAAGAGGAUCUCACAAAUGCCUCAGGGAUUGUGCAGUGGAUCAUCAGGCAGCAGAAUCCCUAUGGAGGUUUCUCUUCCACCCAGGACACAGUCAUUGCUCUUCAAGCCCUUGCUGCUUAUGGUGGGGCCACCUACAAUUCUGUUACACAAAAUGCAGUCAAGAUCACUUCCCAAAAGCCGUUUGAGAAGGUAUUUAUUGUCAACAACGCAAACAGGCUCCUGCUGCAACAGACUCCCCUUCCAGAGGUCCCUGGGAAAUACAGCCUAGCAGUGAAUGGCAGUGGAUGUGUGCUUAUGCAAGCAGCACUGAGAUACAGUAUUCACCUUCCAGAGGGGGCCUUUGGAUUUUCUCUCUCAGUACAGACAUCAAAUGCUUCCUGCCCAUUGGAUCGACCAGCAAAAUUUGAUAUUGUCCUCAUAAGCAGUUACACAGGGAAGCGCAGCAGCUCCAACAUGCUCAUUAUUGAUGUGAAGAUGCUCUCUGGCUUUGCGCCUGUUAAGUCUUCCCUGGAUAAGCUCAUUGACAGUCACACAGUGAUGCAAGCAGAAAACAAGAAAAACCAUGUUCUCCUUUAUCUGGAAAAUAUCUCACAGACAAAAAGGAAAGAAAUCACUUUCUCAGUUGAGCAGGACUUUGUUGUGAUCCAUCCCAAGCCAGCUCCUGUGCAGAUCUAUGAUUACUAUGAAACUGAAGAGUAUGCUGUUGCUCAGUAUACGUCACCUUGCAAAGACCCUGUUGCAGAAAUGGACUAA